UCAAAUUUCUGCUCUUCUUUAUUGAAAAAACGCUUUUUUUUUUUUACAAUAUUGUAGAAAUAUCUGAUGUUUUUAGAUUGGAUAGCUCAACUUCGAUUACUGCAGCAUGACUCACAAACAAAUAUUCUUGGUUCUCUUCCUUUAUCUAUUAGAAGAGUAUUAAUUUCAGAGAUUACAGGAUAUCUUCAUCCAGCUUCAGGAAAACAACCACCUGACUCAAGUAUAUUCGCCUCACCUGCCCAUGUAAAAUGGUUCAUGGAAGUCAUUGGACAAGGAUUCAAUUUACCUUUAGAAGACAUGGCUACGACAAACGAUGACAUCGAUAUAUGCUAGAUGGUUAUUCGAACAAAAUACUAGACCUGCUUCGGUGACUAAAGAAGGUUUAGAGCAAGAGUUUUACCAAAUUAUUUUUCAUCAAUUUUCAUUACUUUUUCAACCUCGCAUCGCUCGAAACACCUCCACUCCAACUACACCUGCUGUAUCAAGUGUCCCUUUAAGCUCAUCUGGGCUCGGUCAAUCUAAUUCUACCUCAACAGCAAACAACAACAUUAGAAACAACGCAUCUUUCCAUAUAAACAUACCUGUAAGCGCACAUAAUCACAUUGUGCCUCUUACAUUUAAUUCAGCUACACCAAUUACUGGCAAUAAUAAUGCAAGCAGCAGCCAUAAUAACAGUGGCAACAAUUUACAAACAACUGCAUUAAAGGAGACACUCUCUCAGUUAGUGCAACGUCACAUUGAAUUAUGUAAAAAGGCACUCAAAGUCCUCGCAAUGGCUGGGCGAACUUUAGUACUUUCAACAGAGACUUGGGCUGUUUUGUUGAAAGUUAUGCUAGGCGUCACUGAUUAUUUAUUGAAGGAGCCAACUGGAGAAUCGUCGAAUUUAGGCGUUAUGAACAUGGCUGAUGAACUAUGCGACAGUUUAUUGCAGGUCUUAUUUGAGCUAUGGUUAAAGUCAACAACAAUGGACGUCGAAAUGUGGGAUAUUCUAAAGACCUGUUUUACUCGCUGGACACAUCGAUCCAAAGCAAUCCAACAGUGGAAUUCUACUUCGUUAGCAUUGACAAAAAGAAUACAAAACCUAAUGUAUGGAGAUCGACAAGGAACAGACGGGGUAUAUGUGAAUGGACCUAACGUUAAAUUGGAUUUGCCUUCGGAGUUUGUUUAUUACGCCUGGCAUCGAGUCAUCUACCUGAUACCUCAUCCAUUGCAAUUACCACCAAGUAAUUUUUCAUUAGCUAUGCUUGGUGUUGGAAACCUCAUAGAUACUUUAAAUGCGACGGAAAAUAUUCAACCUGAGAUUAAUCCCACAGAAUAUCCAGACGGGAACACAAUCUUGCAUAUGUUUAGUACUUAUCUAUUUGAUGCAGCAUCCCAAUCCGCUAACGCUGAUCAGGAAUCACAGUGUGGAUGUGCCGAAUCAUUAGCUACCUUAUGUAAAAUUUUUUCGAAACCUCAAAGAAGACAGCCGUUUUUGCGUACAUAUGUCGAAAGGUUUUACGCUGCGCUCACAGUUGGAUUAAAAUCAGAGUCAUGUCUUCCCACAAUAUUACUAUCAUGUACAGAACUAUUUGCCACCGAUUUGGAAGGUGUUCGUAUGCUGGUUCCGGAUUUUAUUUCGGCUAUUAGGAUGGUUUUACCUAAAAUGCGCUUUGAUUGUAAAACAAAUGUUUCUAUUGAUAACCUAAGACUAGCUGCUAUUAAGGUAUUAAGCACAAUAAUGUGUCUACCGAAUCAUUUCGACCGAGUAGAGCUCAAACUAGGUUGGGAUUUUGAACAAAAUGUUUCGUCUGAAAAUGUAUCACUAGUAGGAGAGCAAGAGCAGCUGGUCACUCAAUUAAUUCGUGUCCUUUAUGCUGAGCCUGUAGAAGGUGAUUCCGAUCAUCCGUUCUUAUCUCUCAAGUUUUAUAUACUCGAGGUUCUUUUAAUGUCAUUGCGUACUGAAACAUCAUCGUAUAAUAUGAGAUAUAUUCUCCAUCUUAUAAAUGUGUAUGUUAUUGAAGAUGUACCUUUUUGCCCCGGUUUAGUAGGGACUGUUGUAAAACUGAUCCAGGAUAAGAUCUUAACUAUGCAGCUGCCUGCUGAUGUUACUCUUGUAGCUUUUGAUGUGUUGAUGGAUUUUGUAGACCUUUAUGAUUUUGUAAAGCGGGACAGUAAGAAUGUAGCAAGGGAACUUGUACUGGCUCUCAGUCGCUACGUCGAUACAUUAAUUAGUCAAGGCAAGCUAGUUCAAACGUAUCCUUUAAUCGUACAAGCUUACGAUUGCAUGAUGAAGUGGAUCCUUGUCAGUCAGUGGAUAAUAGAUGAUUGCGACUGUUAUAAAGCUGUUAUCGCUACACUUAGUAAGGGAAUCACAAUUUUUGAUCGAGAACCUGCAGUAGCGGCCACUCCAGCUGAGCCUAUAAAUGUCGAGAAAAAAAAAAGACGGGAUACAGCUUUCCCGCCGACAAAACAAUUAUUUCAACUGCCCCCUCGCGUGAAUAAGCAUAACAACCAUCAUCAAGCUGAUGCCGUGAAUAACUUAGUAGCACCUGUGCCUACUCCUCGUACUAAUUCCACUGUUCAUAAAAAAGAAGAAAUGGCAGUCAGAAUGGCAGCAGAAUAUUGCAUGUCUCAAUUUGUGAACCAGUUGGGUCGAUUCACCCUUCCAAAUACAGAUACAUUAGGAAAUUGCAGGUCAGCUACAGUGGAUGAUGUUCUGCAACUUAAAGAGUUUAGGCAUUUACAAACGCAAGAUAGUAAUUUGGAUAGCAACUCAUCGAUUCGGUAUUUUUUAAUUGAUCGGAAAACGCUUCUGGCUGUUAUCGAUGUUACAGAUCAAACCCCUACACCAGGUAGCCCAGAAAAUGUACCUUCACUUAUUGCUGUCAUAAGAGAUACAACUGGAAAGUAUGUCUGGUCAAUGGAAACUCGAUAUAAGGAUUCUGAUCUUCCUCCGUCAUUGUCAUCAACCCCUUUGGAUUCACCUGUCAGUACUUUAGCUUCUAAAUCUGGACUUUUGAAAGUCUCAUCGAGCAGUGAAUACAAUGACAAAAAUACUGAACCUGGACAUUCAGUGUUAGUACCAACUGCGAUAGCUAUAAACGAAAAAGAAAUGCCGACUAUACACAACAUAUUUGUUCCGCAAUCCGAAGAAUGGAAACAAUGGGAAACAGUUAAAGUAUUGUCCAGUCGUGAAGAGGAGUCGGAGCUAUCACGCAUGCAAGUGAAUGGAACCAACAUUAAACACAGCAUACCUUCAACUAAACCAAACAUUGACAGUGAUAGUCCUAGAGGCUUCAGAUUGCUUUUGUCGCAAAUCGGAUUUUUAUUGCCGAAAAAUAGAAAACAUAUCACGCCAUUACAUAUCACUGACUCUGUUAUUUCUGAAAUGGAAACUCUAGACAUGCUUAAUGAGCGUGAUUGCGUAUCAAUAUCAGCAUAUUUCACUGAAUCUGGGGAUGUUACUUGGUCUGAGUUAAUAGAAAAUCCCCCGCCUUUAAGUGAUCAAUUUCUGCAAUUUAUUAACUGCGUUGGUUGGCCUGUGAACACUAAAAGUCACAAAGGAUAUAAAGGCAAACUAGACUCAUCAAUAUGCGAAACACUCCCUUAUUAUUCCGAUCGAAGUGUUGAAUUUAUUGUUAAUGUUCCUUAUUUUUUAAAAUCACCACCUGCUAACAAUAUUACUUGGGGUAACGCAAAUACCAUUUCAAAGAUUCAUCAACAGAUCUCGUCGGACGAUCAUGUAUGUGUUAUUUGGAUUGAGGAUCUUGACAACUACAAGUCAAUUGCAAAACUAAUCAAGAACUCCAGUUCUGCAAACUCAAAGGCAAUGGUUUUUCUAUUCAUCAAUCCUUUGAAAAAUAGUGCAGACGGUUUGUAUUGGGUUAGAAUUCUUGUUCCCACUCAAGGGACUACACCGGCAAAUAUUGCGGCAAGUCAAAGACUCAACGAGAACGCCCUGAUAUUUGGUCCUUUAGUGGAUGGCAUAGUAGUAAGUCGUCAUGCAUUAGGGUCUAUGGUAAGAAGUACAGCUAUCUCAGCGCAUCAAGCAUGUCGGGUUGUGACAGACACAUACACUAGACCGUAUGUGAUUAGGAAGGAAUACAUCGAAGAAAUGGCUCAUAGACAUCGCGUUAAACUACCCUUAUCCGAAUUCUAUUCCGAUAUUUUUACAGAUAGUCAUGCUUAGAUCUUAAAACACUUUUGGUAUUUUGAUCGGCGAAAUCUAGUAUGGAUUAAACACAAUACACCCUCCAUAAUUAACCAUGUUUUUGAUGCUAGAUCGAGACACCCUUAACAAAAUUACAAUUUUAAUAAUUUAGAAAUGCUUUUAUUUAUUGUCGACGAAAGAAACUUUUACAUUAAAUUGUGUUUAAUUUUGUUUGGGCUAGAAAUUUUGGCAUUGAAUCUAUUUCCAUCCUUUUCUUUUAAUCACAUUUCAAUGUGCAGCUAAUUUUCAUACUGAAAGGAUGAACUGGUAGAUAGAAAAGGAUUAUUUUUAAAAAUAUGUAU